AUGGCAGUGAACCGGAGCCACACCGAGAACCGUCGCUGGGCCCUCAUCCCCUUCGGCGAAAGUGUCUUGAAGCAGAGUCAGGAUGUGGACCUCUCCUUCCUACAGCAACCAGUGGGAUAUGAUCUCUUUAAUGGUACAAAAAGAGGAACAUUGUUUCUCACUUCAUACCGGGUGAUCUUCGUGACUUCACACUUAGUCAAUGACCCCAUGCUUUCUUUUAUGAUGCCAUUUGGUCUGAUGAGUAAUUGCACCAUUCAACAACCAAUCUUUGCCCCCAACUACAUUAAAGGAACCAUUCAGGCAGCUCCGGAUGGUGGCUGGGAAGGACAGGCUAUUUUUAAAUUAUCCUUCAGAAAAGGAGGUGCCAUUGAAUUUGCCCAGCUGCUGAUGAAAGCUGCCUCUGCUGCUGCCAGAGGAAUUCCACUUGGAAGUGUAAAUUACUGGUUCGGCACUUCAGGACCCUAUAUAAUUACUGCACCAGGGGGCAUGAUGUGCACCCUGCAUUACUGUCUUCUUUUGUGUUUAGAUAUGGAGCAUCACCUGCGGGAUAUGGAGCCCCGCUUGGGGGAUAUGGAGCCCCACCUGCGGGAUAUGGAACCCCACCAGUGA